CCCGAACUCUUUUUAACUUAAGAUUUAUUACUGUAUUUACUUCAUUCGUUAACUGAGAAAAGAAACAUGGACUUUGAGUUGGCAGUAGCUACAAAGUCAAGUGGUGACUUUUCAUCUUCUAGAAUGGAUACCAACAACGGCGCUACCAUGGGGGCUGAGGUAUCGAAGAGGCUGACUGGCAUCAGAAAGGUGGUUGCUGUGAAUGCUUUCAGAACAGCAGGAGUUGCACUACAAAACAAACGAUUAGUGGACAAGAUUAAACGUGACGAAGAGCAACCAAUAACAUUCGACGAGGAGGACCUGAACUUUCCACCAUUGUGUGAUCGUAAACCUCUUAUUGAUAAAAAUGCUUCGAUAGAAGGACAUGCGAAGACAAUUUUCCCUAUCCAGUCAUACAAUAAGUUAAACUUCAACGUAAAUGCCGGGGCAGGUGGUGGAACAGCACUCCUCUCAAUCGUUCGAUUCAAUUCAGAUAAAGGUACAGCAGCGGCACAGGUUCAACUUGUUCGUUGUGGUUCAAGCGGCAACCACUUCGAAACACUUUCAUUGGCCAAAACGGGAGAACACUCAAAUUCUCACUCUGACGAUACCAGCAAUGAAUUUGAUGUCACCCAUACCAAUAGCGUUGGCGAUCUUCGUCCAAUGGCACUUUAUGGCACGUCGCAUACAAGUCUCUUGUCAAAUCUUCCACGUUUUGGAAAUUGUCAAUGUGGAAUUGUUUUACUGAGUAGCAAAAAUGGGGUUAUUGAAACUGGAAUUAAAGUAAACAAUCCAUCAAUCAAUUUCUCAUUAUUAGUACUGUGUAGUGCUUCGCCAGUCAAAGGAACAACACCGUGUAAUGCAUAUAUCGUACAUUCACAACCUUUAUCAUCAGUUCCUUUUUCGUCAGAAAAGAGUGACCUGUGGAAGUUUACUGGAAAAAAGGAUCUCCUAAAAAUAAAAGGCCCUCAAAAUAGUUCCGUAACUAUCUUCGUUAAUUCUCCAGAAGAUAUAAAACUUGAGAUAACAGGACAGAAAGCGUUAGUAAAUCACACGCAAAGUUUCGUUGGUUCCGAGGAGACAAUACUCCUAAACAGUUUGAAUAAAUUACCAAUGGGAGGCAUGUUAGUACUUUGCUCCCAUGGUCUUGGGGCAGAUGAUGAUAAGACUACUUCUGCUCUUUACCUCGUUAGUCUCAAUAAAAGUAAGGUAGAUUGCACGUAUGUCCAAGGUAUGAGCGGAACCUUUUCGUCAGGUAACGCGUGGACAAUUUACCAUAAAAACGACAACCUUGUUGCUGUCGGGCCAGCUGGACCCUGCCGGUACACAAUCCUUUCAAAUAUUCUAUCACCUGUCGAAAUUAACGAAACUCAAUUGGCUGAAUGUUUAGUGACCGGUGAACAGCAACCAAUGAGGAGCGGUCUUGUAGUUUACGAAGACAAGCUAAUGGGCUGGCUCACCAAAGUGUGCCAAGUGAAAUUGAUGAUGAAUGGAAAAGUGCUCGAAGUCGUGCCAUUGAGGAAGCUCCUCAAACAACCAGAUGGACGAUUUGGAUUUUGCCGGGAACUAACAGAAGAGGAGAGGAAACCAGGAUUAAAACUUAUCCAGGCAUUUGCUCUUGUGAAAGAUAUACAUGGUGUUGACAAAACAAUGGAGCUAGGUGGAUCGCCGCAUACGAUGGUGAUCCAACCGAAAGGCGUCCAUGUGGCCGUAAAUUGCGGAGGACCAGCGUACGAAGCACUUUCGGGGGUUGUAUUCCAGGACACACAAACACUUUUUCGAAUGCACAAAGAACAGGGUCUCUUUUGCGUCAGGAAGUUGUAUGACCUACUCUCGGAUGACGAACUUACUGCUGUCAUUGGUAACACUUACGACGGAUUCAUUGGUGGAACCACUUUCAGCAACCACCCUGGUUUCUUUGACAGAAUGGAAUACGAGUUUGAGAUUCCAAACGGUUUUUAUAACCUCAGACUUUACGGAGUCAGUAAGACUAUCUCAUUCAUCAACGAGCUCUGUGUGCAGGGUAAAAACGUGGCUCACCAGGUAACAGACGCACUUGAAAAGAUACGGGACAAGGUGCCAGAUAUGACUUUAAAGUACACCGACAUUGGAACUGUGGUUGAUGACGGAAAAUUGCUAUUGUCAUUUGAAUCAUUUAACAACAACCCUACUGCAAGAUUAGCGGGACUGCUCAUUACGGAUAUGACGUAUAAAGUACCUCAACCCUCUGAUGACGAGGUAGCCAAAGAAAUCAAAAGUAAAAUUGAGUUAGCAGAUAACUUAUUUCCUCUCGAUCGAUCAUUGGCCAAAAAGCAGAUUAAAAUAGCCGGAUGGUCUUCAAAUUUGCUUGAAAAUGCAUCUGGUGAGCGUGCAGAUAUGUCUGGCUGGAAUUAUGGUGGAGAUUGGAAAAUUGUAAGAGGAGGGGACAACACUGAAAGCCAAUUCUGCUCAUCGCACAUGAAUUGUGUCAAAAAUCAGGAAAUUAGUCUUCUUGCACACUUUACAGAGGAACAUUUGGAUUCCAGUCCAGAAAUUCAGGCAUCAGAAUCGUUCCAUGAAGGGAGCUGUGGUGGAGGUUUCUACUCGUUAACUAUUACACUGAUGGAUGCAGAUGGCGAUGUCAUUGCCACACAGACUACUGACGAAAAAGGAAGUAUAAAGUCCAAAGACUGGAUCCGUGAGUCUUUCACAUUUAAGAAUUAUGGAAAAGGUCUUCGCUUCAUCUCAUUCCAAACAACUGCAAAAGACGAUAAAUUCUGGGCGGGUCAUUAUGGAGCGUAUGCGUCUGCUGCGUGUUUGCGAGUGAAGAAUGAGGUCGAAGCCGCUGCCGGUGACUUAUACGAUGACGUCUUAAAUCAAAAGUCUGAAAAACCAAGUAUUGAUGACAUUAUACGAGGAUUGCUAGAAGAGCAUAAAGAGGUUUUGACUGAAAUUCAACAAAAUGAAGAAGAAAUUAUAGAUUUUGACAAACCAUUGCCGAAUGUGGUCAACGACUCCUUUCCAAUAUCAAAACCCGUGGAUCGUCGACAGCCGAAGAAACGACGAGAGGUUCGCGUUUUCGUUUCCAGUACAUUCCGAGAUUUCCAGGAAGAACGCGAGGCUCUUAUCAAAAAGGCAUUCCGAGAAUUGAAUCGCUUAUGUACAGAACGUGGUAUAUGCUUCACGUACGUAGAUCUUAGAUGGGGGAUCACAAAAGAGCAAUCAGAAGACGGUCAGACGAUCUCUAUCUGCUUACGUGAGAUUGAUAAGUGUCCGUACUUUAUCUGCUUGCUUGGUGACCGAUAUGGAUGGUCUCAGAAAGAAGUACUGCCUGAUAAACUACUCAACAGAACAUACAAUGUUGCUAUCGAAAAUCACAGUCGAUUUAAUUGGAUCGAUUCCUUCAGAUUCGAUACUAGUGUAACGCGGUUAGAGGCAUUGUAUGGUGCCCUCAUGAAUAAGGAAAGUUCCAUCAAUCGAUCCUUCUUCUACGUACGGGAUAACCAGCUAAAAGAAGAUGAUCUCAAGAUAAUGCAAGAGAUUCAAGCGGACAUGGAAGCAAAAGAAAGGGAGGACAAAGAAAGAAAGGAGAAGGGUGGAGAAGAGAAAGAGGCGAACAAGACAGAGAAACAAUCUGGUAAUAUCGAAAAUCCCAAGGAAGACAACAACAAGACAGUCAGUGAGUCUGAAAGUGACGGCAAGAAAAAAGCGCUUGAGUCUUUUUGGCAUUUCGAACAACAGCAGAAAUUCAGAAAAAUUGUGGAAGAAUCUGGAAUGAAUGUCAGAAAGUUCAAAUCGGUUGAAGAAGUUCAAUCCAAGAUUCUUGAGGAUCUCACAAGAUGUGUCGACGAAGAUUUCCCACCGGGCACAGAGCUUACAGGCCUUCAGCGCGAACGAGAAGCUCACGAGGCAUUUGCCGAAGUUCGCCGUCGAAUCUAUAUUGGUCGAGAGGACUACUUUAAGGCAAUCGAUGAUUAUGUUAGCCAGGACACCGAUGAGCCAUUCGUCAUUCUCGGGAGAUCUGGUUCUGGAAAGUCAGCAUUGAUCGCCAACUGGUGCACAAGAUACGAAGAAAAAAAACCAAAUCAUUUCGUGUUUAUGCAUUUCAUUGGAAGUUCUGCAGAAAGUGCAUCGCAUCUUAAUCUCCUUAGACGAUUAUAUCAAGAAAUGAAGCAGUUUUUCAAUUUUCCGCAACCAGUUCCUUCAUCCGAUCGUAACCUGGUUCUCGAUCUACCAUCGUGGCUCAAACAAGCAGGAAAUAGAGGCAAAGUUAUGCUUGUAUUGGAUGCGUUAAAUCAGCUAGACACAGGUGCUGGGACUAAAGGUGACGAACAGGAAUUAAUAUGGCUUCCAAAAAAACUUCCAGAUGGAGUGAAAAUGGUUCUGUCAACCCUUCCCGGAAAGGCUUAUGAUGCGGUGCAGAAAAAUAAAUGGCCAACCUUUGAGAUAUUUCCACUAAAACCGAGUGAGAAGAAACAAAUAAUUACGGAUUACAUGACACUGUACGCUAAGACACUCAGCGAGGAACAGAUGGAGAUGGUAAUAAAGGCAGACCAGACUAGUAACCCACUAUACCUCAAGUCACUUAUGGACGAGAUUCGCAUUUAUGGAAGUUUUUACCAAUUGACGAAUGCAAUCAAGACAUACCUUAGAGCAGACGAUCCGGGAAAACUCUUUGUCAAAAUUCUCGAACGUUUGGAAACCGAUUUUGAAAGUGGUCCAUACGAAAGGCCUGGGCUUGUGAAAGAUACGACCACGGCAAUAUGGUGUUCUAACAAUGGUAUGACAGAGGCGGAAUUAACAGAAUACUUGAAGGUUUCAUCUAGAAUAUGGUCUCCAUUUUACUUAUCACUUGAGGGAAAUCUAAUCAAUCGCAAUGGAGUGCUUAACUUCUUUCAUGAUCAUCUCAGACAAGCAGUUGAGCGAAAGUACUUGGGCACACCUGACCUCAAACGAAAGUGUUACAUUGGGUUGGCGAAUUUCUUCAACAAGAAGGACAUAGAUCAUCGUUAUACGGAAGAGUUACCAUUCCUAUUAUCCCAGGCCGGUGACUUGAAGCGUCUGCGAGCUACCAUUCUAAACGUUGCAGUUUUCCAAAAAAUGAUGGCAACGGAAGAAGGAAAAUUUGAACUAAUAAAGGCUUGGCAGUUGCUCGGAGGCUACGAGCAAGUGGAGCAGGCGUAUCUUGACAAACUGGCAAAUGCUGAAACAUGGGACAACACACGAGACAAAGCAAGCUUGAUCAGGUCGAUGGCGGGAUUCUUCAUGCAGUUAGGUCUUCAAAAAGGCGCAAGAUCACUAUAUGAACGUCUACUUGAUGCACUGGAAACAAAAUACCAGGAAGACUAUUCAACGAUUGUUUACCAUCACAAGAAAUACACAUACAAACGGCAAUGUGUACACACAGAAGUACUGGAGAUUGGAGAAUUAUCGUAUGGACAGGGACGACUUGAAGAUGGGUUGAUUCACCAUCUCUGGGACAUGCAGCUUACCCAGAACGAAGUGGGUUUAAGUCAUCCGCGCGUGGCGGCAAUCUUGAACAAUAUUGCUCUUGUUUACGAUGAUAAGAAUGAAAAAGUAGCCGGUGAUUUAUUCAAAGGCGUUUUAAAUAUAAUGGUUCAGACCUAUGGACAAAACCAUGUGGAUGUAGCAGUUGUCAGGUAUAACUUGGGAGCAUUUCUUUUCGCAAAUAAUCUUUAUGAGAGAGCCCGCUAUCAGUUCAAUGAAGCUCAACGUAUAUUCGAACUUUUCCUUGGCAAUGAUCAUCCGGACACGAGAUUAACUGAGGUCGCACUGGAAAAACUGAAUGCAAUUGUUAAAUAA